UAUCCUCAGCUGGCCAGAGAGAAGCGGAAGUGCUGCUGGGUGUAAGAAGAUGGCAGACAGCGAUUACGAAUCGGUGCUCUGUGUGAAGCCGGAAGUGCACGUCUACCGGAUCCCACCCCGGGCCUCCAACCGGGGAUACCGGGCAGCGGAAUGGCAGCUGGACCAACCGGCCUGGAGUGGGCGCCUCCGGAUCACCGCCCGGGGUAAUAUCGCCUUCAUCAAGCUGGAGGACCGAACUACAGGUGAGCUGUUCGCUCAGGCCACGGUGGAGCAGUUUCCCGGCAUCGCGGUGGAAAGCGUCACCGACUCCAGCCGAUAUUUUGUGAUCUGCAUCGAGGACGGGAACGGGCGACGGGCGUUCAUUGGGGUGGGGUUUGCGGACAGAGGAGACGCGUUCGACUUCAAUGUGGCCUUACAAGAUCACUUCAAGUGGGUGAAGCAACAGACAGAGUUUGCUAAACAGGCGCAGAACCCGGACACCGGACCCAAGCUGGACCUGGGAUUCAAGGAGGGACAGACCAUCAAGAUCAAUAUAGCGGUACGCUCUAACCGGAGGGAGCUCCGUCUCUUUCUGUCUGGGGAGACAUGUCACCGGAACGGGGGGGUGAUAGGGGAAAGGACCUGCCUUAGAGGUGAGGACGCCGAGGGGUGGAAGAGGGGAGCACUGACCGUCGGGGGAGGAGGGAUCCGGUGGGUGAAGCAACAGACAGAGUUUGCUAAACAGGCGCAGAACCCGGACACCGGACCCAAGCUGGACCUGGGAUUCAAGGAGGGACAGACCAUCAAGAUCAAUAUAGCGGUCCGAUUCCACAAGCUGGACUCUGCAUCGGGUCCUCCCCGGCUGCUGGGUGGAGAUCCGUUGCGGAGUCGGCGCCGAGACUUCUCGUAUCAUUGA